ACGGGCUGGGCGGCACCGCGCCCGCGGCAGCCACGGCGCUUCCCUCCGGCAGCGGCGAGACGGAGCGCAGGUAGCACCCUGCGCCCCAGCGCUCCCCCGCCAAGGGCCGCUGCGGUGCCGGCAGCGGGAGGGAGCCUCGCCGCAGCCCGGAGCUCCGCAGCCUCCCGCGGGGGUCCGCAUCCCGGCCUCGCCGCUCCUUGUCCGUGCGGAGCCACCCGCGGUUGCGCGGGGCCGCGCCGGGCUGUCCCUGCCGCUUCGUGCCGCCCGCUCCGUGCUACAUGUGCCCUUCGGCUCGGCAGCGCCAGCGGCCAGCAGCCCAGGGGCAGGAGGCUGCGCCGGGAGGACGGCCAGAAACACCCCCCCACAUCUGCAUACAAAGGAAGAGGAAUGCAAAACUGGUUCACGAUAUGAAAAGUUUUCACUAUGCAGUCUGGGAGGAGAAUGUUAACCACUGGUCCCUAGCAGCAUAUCCUGACUUCUGAUCACUUACAUUAAAGAAAAACAUCCAUUUCAGAGAGAGAGUGCAAGACUGCGUGAAAGUAGAAAAUAUCACACUCCAAUUCAAAAAAGACAAGAAAAAGGCAGGCAAGUUCCAGCCUUUCAAGAAGCUCUUCGGCAGGAGGAAGAAAAGAGAGCCCGCCUCGGAGUGUGAGCAGCCCAAACUGAAGCCCAGCCACUCCUUCGGCAACAUCUGCAACGGGAGCUCCUCGGAUGAGGAGCCCAACAGCGCGCUGAGAUCCUCCUAUUAUUCUAUGGGCAAUCGAGCUUUUUCCCAUGACAGUAUUUUCAUACUUUAUGGGAGAACAGAGAGUGAACAGGCCAUUCAAGCAAUGUCACAGGAGAACGUUUUAGGAAAAGUCAAAAUUCUUCAGCAACAGUUGGCCAAAAAUAUAAAGUUUGGGCAGCCUCCACAAAUGACAGUUUUUGCGAGGACAAUGGGGGAAGCAAACACCAGUUCAGAAGAGGACACGUUGCUCAGCAGCCCCAUGGAGACUGAGACCCAGCAGGACACGGCGAUCCCAGACUGUGGUAAUAAAUCCACUGACACUCCAGAUUUCUUGAGAAAAAUGAAUUUUCUUGGAACAAGACAUGAAAUGGAAGAAAAGGUCACUCCACUUAAAUCAGCUCGGCCAAAAAGACAAUAUUCCUGUUCUGGCACAAUUGAAACAAUCAAUUUGGAUUCAGUUCCCCAGGCUCUUGCUCAUCUAGACAACAGUGCAGCUAAGCACAAACUGUCUGUGAAGCCAAAAAAGCAGAGGAUGUCAAGACAGCACAAGAGAUUGACAAAGGGAUCACAGAGUUUAACAAUAACAGAAUUUGAGCCAGAGGACCUAGAAACUCAGCUGUAUGAGGACAUAUACCCAGGUUAUAAUAGACACUUCACAGCAGACAAGCUAAUCCAGGACAGAGAUGAGCAGAAGCAGCUUCAGCUGGCAGAGGAAAAAAGAAUUGAAGAUCACUGGGGUAUCCUUGAAGCUGAAAGGAUAAGACAGAUUGUAGAAAUGGAAGAACAAAGGGAAAUGGAAGAGAAAAGGUGCCAAGAACUUGAGGAGAUACGGAAAGAACAGGAAAAACGACACUAUGAAGAGGAGAGGAGGCAACAUCUCCUUGAAGGAGAGACAUCUUUGAAAAUAGAAGAGAAAACAUGCCGUAAAGAGGAAAGACUGAUGAAGGCUGAAAAAAGGCAAGAACUGGAGGAGCAGAUGCAGAAGGAGUUGGAGGAGCAGAUCCAGAAGGAGUUGGAGGAACAACAAAGACAAGACCUGGAGGAGAAGAGGCACAGGGAAGUGGAGGAACAGCAGAGACAAGAGUUGGAGGAGCAGAAGCUUAAGGAACAGGAGGAACAACAGAGAAGAGAGUUGGAGGAGAGGAAGCUCAAGGAACAGGAGGAACAACAGAGAAGAGAGUUGGAGAAGAAGCUCAAGGAACAGCAGGAACAGCAGAGACAUGAGCUGGAGGUACAAAAGCUCAAGGAACAGGAGGAACAACAGAGACAGGAGCUGGAGGUACAAAAGCUCAAGGAACAAGAAGAGCAACAGAGACGAGAGGUGGAGGUACAAAAGCUCAAGGAACAAGAAGAGCAACAGAGACGAGAGGUGGAGGUACAAAAGCUCAAGGAACAGGAGGAGCAACAGAGACGAGAACUGAAGGUACAAAAGCUCAAGGAACAGGAGGAGCAACAGAGACAAGAACUGAAGGUACAAAAGCUCAAGGAACAGGAGGAGCAACAGAGACAAGAACUGAAGGUACAAAAGCUCAAGGAACAGGAGGAGCAACAGAGACAGGAGAUGGAUGAGCAGUGGCACCAACAAUGGGAGGAACAGCACAGACUAAAGAAGGAGGAAGAGAAGCAUCAAGAACAGGAAGGGAAACAGAGACAAGAGUUGGAGGAGCAGAAACACCAGGAACAGGAGGAGCACAGAUGUCAGGAACUGGAGGGGAAGGAUCAGGAAAGGGAAGAGCAGAAGCACAAGGGUCUGGAGGAGAAACAGACACAAGAACUGGAGGAGCAGAAGAGGCUAGCACUGGAAGAAUUAAGGCAACACAGGACUGAAAAGGACAGUCAAAAGGAAGAGAAAAGAAACUGGCAAGAGGAACAAAAAGAGCCCAAGAAACAAAAUAAGGAAGAAAUACAGCAACAAGAACUAGAAGAGAAAGAGCUUGAAGCUGAAAUAAAAUUGAAGCAGGAUAAAGAGCCUGAGAGCCUCAAACAAGAGAAGAAACAGGAGGAACAAAGACAGCAUUUGAAGGAGAAAGAAAAGACAGAGAAGGAACAACCCCAGCAAGUGAUGGAUAAGAAAAAAAAAGAAGAGCAGAGGAAACACAAACUCACAAAACAAAUGCACAUGGAAAGUUCAGACUUUGUUCUACAAGAUGAACUGAAGCAGCAAAAGGAACAAAAUGGAUGUGAAUGGAACAAGCUGAAAGAGCAGAAGGUAGACACAGAAGGACAAAAGCUUCAGCCAAAACAGGAAAAAUCCUUGGAACAGCCACAGGAAAACGAUCAAUUGUGUUCUGCUGGAGGGGCUGAUAGGCAUCCAGCAGAGGAGAAGCUCCAAGAGGGAUCAAAUUCCCAAAAAGUCAAACAGCCUGAAAAAGGGACUAAAACAGCAGAAGAAAUGCUGGCCCAGAAAAGGAAGAGAGAAGUUGAGGCUCAGGAGCAAAAACGCAUAGGGGAAGAACUUCGGUGGCAAGAAGUAGAUGAAAGACAAACAGCAUCCAGACCCUUCACAUUUCAAGUGUCUUCUGGAGAUAAACAGAUCAUAUUUCAGAAAGUAAAUCUCAGUCCUGUUAUGCCCAUCAAAGGAGCAGGACUCUCUUCUCCAUCUGUCAAAGACUGCAGGGUGCACACUACCAGUAAGGGCUCUCAUUCCCUCCCAUCAUCUGUGUGUGUACCCCACACAGCUAUUUUGGUUACUGGAGCACAGCUGUGUGGCACAGCAGUGAACUUGAACCAGAUUAAGGACACGGCUUGCAAAUCAUUACUUGGCUUAACAGAAGAGAAAAAAAAUGUGGAUAUUCCCUCUCCAGAGAAGUCCGAGAGGAAAAAACAGGAUCCCAAGCCCAGCAGCAGUAAAAUGAAACAUGCUCAAGAGGCAAUGAACAACCAGGCCGUACUGGCUGAGUGGGCCUCUAUCCGCUCCAGAAUCCUAAAGAAUGCAGAAAACAACAAAUACCAUGAGAGAGACCGAGUCACUGUCUGCAGGCACAGCGAUGACUGGACACCCAGGGGACGCGGUGCUCCUCACGGCAACUUGAGGAAAACCCUCUCUGCAAAUGCAAAGUUCUCGAUAACACCAGCAUGGCAGAAAUUUUCAGACAUUUCAAAAACCAGUUCAGAUGCUGAGAGUGUAAAUGUGGCCAAAGGCAAUGAAACAGUAGCUGUGGGGAGAACCACCGGCUCAUCUGCUGAUUCAAAGGAGGAUGUGGUUUCCACUUCUAAGGAUAACUUAGCUGAGAAGCCUAAGGAGAAAAUGGAAACCCAUAGGGAAGCAACAGACAACACUGAAGGCUGUAAAUUUGCGAAAGAUCUUCCAUCAUUCCUUGUUCCAAGUUCUCCACAUUCUAUGGGGAAGGAAUUACCCCAGCCAGAACUUCCCAAUGCUCUGGAAAAUCAGCAGAAUAGCAGCACCAAAAAAGCAGAUAAACCACCACCAAAUGGAGAAGAAAAUGUUUCUCCUUUUGGGAUAAAGUUACGAAGGACAAACUACUCCUUACGUUUUCAUUACGAUCAACAGGCAGAGCAAAAGAAAAAGAAAAGAUACAGUGCAGGAGACAGUUUUGAUGGUGUGCCUGACCCACUCAGCUCAACAGAAGGUGAGAAAGAAUCCGCUGUUUUCACUCCACAAGAAAGUACCUCUCCUGGCACUGGGAGAGCAAACAUCCCUGGUCGUUUAAAAGACUCUUCAGUUACUGUGGUGGAGUAUUCACCACCCGUGGGCACACCAGUGGUCCCACCAGCCACUGGCCAGAGUGCUCUACCUGCUCAUGAGAAACCAGCAUGCAAGUCACUGGUCCCACAGAAACCUGCUUUAGCUCCAAAGCCCACCAGCCAGACCCCACCAUCAUCUCCUCUCUCUAAAAUGAACAGAUCAAACCUAUCUGAAAUGCUGGGACAAAGGGUGGUUAAAGCUGAAUCAGAUGGUGGCUGGAGAAAAGAAGACAGAGCUAAUGCAGCCCAAUCCAUGCCAUCCAAUGACUACAAAAAUGAAGAGGAAGAAGUCAAAGAAAAGAAGUCAUUUUUCCCAUCUCUAAGUAUUCCAUGGAGAGAAAAAAAUGACAAAAAGCCCGAGCCGUUGAAGGAAGAAAAGUCUGUCCUUCAGAGCAGGCACUCUUUAGAUGGCUCUAAAUUGUUGGAAAAAGUGGAAACUUCACAACCACUUUGGAUUACAUUAGCACUGCAAAAGCAGAAGGGAUUUCGUGAGCAGCAAGCUACGAGGGAAGAGAGAAGACAAGCCAGAGAGGCAAAGCAAGCAGAGAAACUGGCUAAAGAAAAUGCUGCUGUAAGUAAUCAGUCAGAUAAUAAAAGCAGCAGCAGCAAAACAAGCACACUGCAGAAAUCUACAACUCAAGAAGGAGAGAAGAAAACUGAGACUGCUGUGUCAAGGCUAGAAAGAAGGGAGCAUCUAAAGAAGUCGAACACCCUUCCAACUUCUGUGACAGUGGAAAUUUCAGAUUCUGUUCCAUCAACCCCAGUGACAAAGGAGGUGGCCAAGAGAUUCUCUACGCCUGAUGCUAACCCAGUGUCAACAGAACCAGCCUGGCUUGCAUUAGCCAAGAGGAAAGCAAAAGCCUGGAGUGACUGUCCACAGAUCAUAAAGUAAACUGUGAAGUUACAUCUCUGUUGAUAUUAAUUGCUUUCUUUUAUUUAUUCUGCUUUUUACACAUGACAGAACUGAAAAUGCAUGUAUUGGAAGGACUGAAAACUGAUUACCAUUUUGCUCUAGCUCACUGUAAAGUCUACUCAAGUCAUAUUCCAUUGCUUCGACAAAUAGCUCAAGGGGGUCACGGCAAAAAUCUCACAGCCAGACUCUCUCAAAAACUUAAGAGUGCUCAGAUACUGGAUGUAAAUUUUAGCAGGUAUCAUAAUAAGGGCCAGAAAAGAAUAAGGGUUCAGAAGCUGCUUAAAUUCUGUUGGAAUUCAGUUCUGGAAUUUUAGAUCUCUGUGUCUGAGAUCUCAGAUUUUUUUUCAGAACUUUGUUGUUGAAAUUAAGGAAAGAUGCAUGUUUCCUUCUCUUAAGUCAUAAUUUAUUUAAACAUGUUUAACUGUAUGAACUGCCAGUUCUGCCUGCUAUUUGAAAGCUUUUUCCCUGAGGAAGAGCUUCAGGAUACACUGUUCCACAUGCAAAUGAUAAGGUGAUGGUACCAUCCAAAUGCUGAGGUAAUUUCUUUCAUCAUAGGAUUAAUACAACUACAUCUAUAUACCCUGACUUCUAAGAAGAAAACAAUUAAUCCUAUUUAAAAAGCCACAAUUUUUUAAACAAAUAUCAUUAAAUUCUCAGAAAGAAGUCAGGGAUUCACUGUUUCUUCUAGUCAUUUAAGUGCAUCACUGUUUGUGCUUGGCCAUAUUUAUGCUGCAUAGAGACAGUGAUUGUGGAUUACAACUUUAAAUCAAUUGACUGGAAUUAAACUGUUCCUGUGCGAAUGCAAAUUCCUGUAGAAUUUGUCUCAGUAAGUUCCCACAGGAGUAGGACUGGCAGAACUGAAGUCAACUGAGAACUGAAAGCUAAGUCAGUGAGAGCUUUAGGAGUUUUAACUCUGCAUUCUUCCUGACUUUAUUCCACAUGCAACUUCAGGCAGUUCAGGUAACUUCCUGUACUUUGACCAAUAUAGCCAGAACACUUCAAUAAGAAGUUUACUUACCCCAUCUCAGGUAUCUGGUGUGGCAAUUGAACACUUUAUUACUUCACAUAACUAAACCAGAAAUGUCCACCCCCUCCCUCUUACAAAAAAAUUAUAAAGUCCAUAAAUGUAAUAAAAACAUCACUUUCUUCAACAUCUCAUAGAAAUCUCUAGGUCUGCAUUUUAUAAUGUCACCCUAUAAAUAAAUCAGCUGAGUUUGUUUAACAAGGAAGAUCUAAAAGGAAAAUUUGAAAGUCUCCUUCUUACAACCAUAAGGCUCAAAGGAAUCUUUAAGCCUACAACAUCAUAAAGGGAGACAUUUUCAUGAAAAGAAAUUACACUAUUAUAGAAUGAUACAAAAUACGCUUUAUGUGUUUUAGCCAAACUGCUGUAAGCAGCAUGAGAAACGGCAUUUCAAACUGCAAAAGGAAACAGGAGACCUGUUGCACACUCUGUUCCCAGAAUCAAGUUUCAGCAGAAGUCAUUGUUAAUUACAGCCUCUCCCACCAAACAGAAAACAGGGGCACAGUAUCGUGGUUACAGUAGCACAAACACAAUGGAUGUUUUAGACUGAGUGCGGCAGUAAGACGGGCUUUCUUGGGUGUCUUAAGCCAUCAGUUUUGCUCAGUUUCAUAUUUAAAACCAGAAUCUCUAAAGUAACCUUUACCAUGAAUAUAAGUAAUUCAUGUGUUUUAAGCAGAAAUGAGACAAUGCUGCUCUCAAAGGCUUGGGAAAAAAACCCAACUUAACGCUUUCAAUAUAUGAAGAAAGAAUUGGCCCUGUAAUUACUUUUGCUCUGCUAGCACCAGGAAUUAGUGCAUCCUAAAGUUAAAUUUACAUUUUUUCCAAGAUUGUUGGCCUGCAGUAUGGCUAUGUAGUAACUGCCUGAAAUCCAUUUUUACAAUUAUUUCUUGGGAGGGGGAGCCAGAUAGAAAUAUAGAGGUGAAGUAAAUCAGGAUUAAAGAUACAGGUAUUUUGAAAAGCAUAGCAAAAUUAGGUGCUAUUGUGCAUGACAUAAGGAUGCAAUUUCCCAAUACAAUCCAUUUAUAGCACAUAAAAUAAAGCUUUCAUUAAGGAUGGUCCUAAGCUAAAGCUUCAAAGCAGAGGUUUGUUUCCAACUAUAAAGGUAUCUAGUGUAACAAUGGAAACUAUUUUGUACAGUACUUGAUGGAAACAUUUCUAAAGUAUAUAUGUGCAACAGUGACAUGUCAUGUUAAAUUAACAAAGAUUUGCACUAAAUACCAACCAAGUGAAGUGGUGCUUUGCUUUAGCUUUGUUGCAACCAUUUCUGAUAAAGUACUGAAAAUCUGUAAAAAUAAAUCCAAAAGACUACUACCCAGUUUAAAACAGCAAAAAUGUUUUAAGAACCUAAUAAACCACUAUGUAGUAUAUUGUCUCAAUUUUUUGUAACUUAUACAGACACAAAACACAAUUUCUUUUGACAAGGUUAUAUAUGAUUAACCUCUAUGUUCAUAUAGUAAUGUAUAAAAAACUACAAGAUGUAUAAUUGUGGGGUAUUUGUUGUGUACUUUUUUAAUUUUUCAAAUGUUUUAAAGUGCAAUUGUUUAUUAUACUGUCAUUUUAAUUCUUAUUAAACUAUAACCUGGUCAAAAUUAUUUAAUCAUU